ACCGAUACUUCGAAACCGUCUGCAUCAACACCCGGAUUUUCACGGUCUAAAAUACAGACAAAACCUGACAGAUACGCUGGACUAUUGCCGCCAAACUACAUGGACAUAUUACCAGUGGAUGUAAAGGCUGCGUUCGCUGCAGAGAAAUUCGAAUGGGGGAAGAUACCAGAGUGGAUACCGCCGAAGGAGGUGCGGUAG